AUGGUCAAGCUCUCGCUCCUCGUAACCAGCCUUGUGGCUUCCAGCGCACUAGCUGCGCCCAGCGCGCCCGCGGGGCCCAAGACUCGGACACAGGCAGAAAACGAGCUGGAAGCCCGGCAAGGCUACUACUUCCAGAACUGGUCCGAGGGCGGCAGCAACGUCCGCUGCCAGAACGGCGGAGGGGGCUCCUACACAGUCAGCUGGAACAGCAAGGGCGGCUUCGUGUGCGGCAAGGGCUGGAGCUACGGAGGUUCCAGAACCAUCCGAUACACAGGCACGUACAACGCCACGGGCCCGGGCUACCUGGCCAUCUACGGCUGGACGCGCAACCCGCUGAUCGAGUACUACAUCAUCGAGUCGCACGCCGACCUGGCGCCCAACGAGCCGUGGACGUCCAAGGGCAACUUCACCGUCGACGGCGAGGGCGACUACGAGGUCUUCACCAGCACGCGCGUCAACAAGCCGUCCAUCGAGGGCACCCGCACCUUCCAGCAGUACUGGAGCGUGCGCAAGGAGAAGCGCGUCGGCGGCUCCGUCACCACGCAGAAGCACUUCGACCAGUGGAAUAAGCUGGGCAUGCGCCUGGGGAACCAUGACUAUGUCAUCCUGGCCACGGAGGGGUAUACCGCGACUGGUGGGCCGGGGAGCAGUGGGCAGGCCAGUCUGACGCUGCAGUAA